AUGGCAACAUCAUUAUUGCUGGUUAUUUUGUCUCUGCUACCAUGUAUUCUUGGUCUGGGGCAAAUCCCAACCAUAUCCUUCACUCAAGGGGCCAUCCAACUUGCAGGCGGUAGUUCCAUUGCCACUCUUUUCCUAGGUACUGAUGACUACCCGGGCGUUCAACGUGCCGGCGCAGACUUGCAAGCAGACUUCGGUCGUGUUACGGGGAAGAAUAUCAGUGUAAAAACCAUUGCCCUCACAGCAGCUGAUACCUCCCCAUCAAGUGGUCCAGUGAUUAUAGUGGGUACGAUUGGGAAGUGCAAACUGAUUGAUACGUUGAUCUCCUCAGGGAAGAUCGACGUGUCAAAGAUUCAAGGAAAAUGGGAAUCGUUUCAGAGCCAGAUUGUCGCAGAUCCGAUGACGGGAUUGGCUUCAGCACUUGUCAUCGCCGGGAGCGAUAAACGUGGCACUAUUUAUGGGAUUUACGAUGUGUCUGAACAAAUUGGAGUGUCUCCAUGGUAUUGGUUCGCUGACGUUGCUGCUGUCCAACAAUCACAAAUCUAUGCCCUCGAUACUGUUAAGACUCAAGGGCCACCAAGCGUCAAAUAUAGAGGUAUUUUUUUGAACGAUGAGCAACCUGCUCUUACAAAUUGGGUCAACCAGAAGUAUGGAGGAUACAACUCCGGAUUUUAUGUCCAAGUGUUUGAACUUCUUCUUCGACUUAGAGCAAAUUAUCUCUGGCCAACGAUGUGGGAUAGUAUGUUCAGUCUCGACGACACCAAAAAUCCCCAACUGGCUGAUUCCUACGGCAUUGUCAUGGGGACAAGUCAUACCGAGCCUCUAAUGCGCUCGACGAAGGAGCAGUCCAAAUACAUGAGUGGUUCUUGGGACUGGAAGGGUAAUAAAAACAACAUUGUCAAGUUUCUCACUGAUGGCGCCAAAAGAAAUAAGCCAUAUGAAAACUUGUGGACAAUGGGAAUGCGAGGUUCCGGAGAUACAGCAUCCCCUACCCUAACCGCUGAUUUACUCGCCGAUGUCAUCAAGUCGCAGCAGGCGAUCUUGUCCAGCACCAUCAGCAGUAACCUAUCAUCGAUUCCACAGAUGUGGUGUCUUUAUAAAGAAGUCGGUGGAUACUAUGAAAGCGGCCUGAAGGUUCCUGACGAUAUUACUCUGCUUUGGUCCGAUGACAAUAAUGGAAAUAUGCAAAGGUUGCCAAUUCCCAGUGAGGUCAACCGCCAAGCCGGGGCAGGAGUUUAUUAUCAUUUCGAUUAUGUUGGAGAUCCUCGGAAUUAUAAAUGGAUCAAUACUAUUUCUCUGGAAAAGACAUGGGAACAAAUGCAUCUAACUUAUGAAAGGGGUGCAAGAGAGAUCUGGGUGGUUAACGUUGGAGAUUUGAAGCCGCUGGAAAUACCGAUAAGCCACUUCCUGGAUAUGGGCUACGACAUGUCACUCUAUGGCUCUCCAGAAAGCACCCAGACAUGGAUAUCACAAUGGGCAACACGAGAAUUCGGCGCCAAAGUAUCAGCUGCCACAGCGUCCGUGGUCGAUCGGUAUGGAAUGUAUGCCAAUCGACGAAAGUACGAGCUUCUAGAUUCAUCAAUCUACAGCAUAGUAAACUACGACGAGGGCGACACGGUUCUCAAACAGUGGGAAGAUCUCGUCGCGGACGCCCAGGCUAUCUAUGACUCCUUAAGCACAGCCGCGCAACCUUCUUUCUUUGAAAUGGUUCUCCAUCCCUCUAAAGCAGGGUAUAUUUUGCAUCAAUUAUAUGUCGCAACGGCAAAAAAUGCACUGUAUGCUGGGCAAGGGAGGGUCACUGCUGCCACACAGGGCGAUAUUGCCGUCAAGGCAUUUGCGGCUGAUGCAGCACUGGCUACUACGUAUCAUCAAUUACUGGGCGGGAAAUGGAACCACAUGAUGGACCAGACUCAUAUUGGGUAUACUUAUUGGCAACAACCGGAUAGGAACAACAUGCCCAAACUUACAUAUCCUGCUUCGAAUACGCAGAAACCACCAGGUGUCGCUGUUGAUGGUGGAAGUAGUACAAAAGCCCUUCCUCAAAUGGAUCGGUACGGCCCCAAAUCUCGUUGGGUUGAUAUAUAUUCCGCAAGCAAUAGCAGUUCGUCUUUCACAGUAACAACUGACCCCUGGGUAAUCGCCACACCGUCAACGGGCACGCUCAAAACCCCAGGAAGUGCUGCAGAUCAACGAGUCCUCAUAUCCAUCGAUUGGGAAAAAGCUCCUAAUGGAACAUCUACGUCCCAAAUUAAGGUCGUUGCUGGCUCCACAACUGCAACUGUAUCGCUUCCUCUCCUUAACACACAAAUCCCCUCAGAUUUCUCCGGCUUUGUUGAAAGCGACAAAACAAUCAGCAUAGAGCCGGAACACUACACAUCAGCCACGUCAUCCUCCUCCGUUUCAUACGGCAUAAUACCAGGUUAUGGGCGAACUCUCUCUGGCGUAACGCUCUUCCCUGCCAUGGCGGCUACGCAAUCGCCCCCUUCAUCACCAAGGUCAACCUACAACAUCCAUGUGUUCACAGCCACAACAGCAUCUAUCACCGUCCAUCUCGCCCCUUCUCUUAACACCGACUCUACUCGGCCCCUCGCAUACUCCAUAUCAAUCGACGAUGCAACCCCGACAAAAGCCCAGUACGUACCAGUCACGAAGUUAGGUACGCUCCCGAAUACUUGGACCGAGUCAACGAAGAAUGCGGGCGCCCAGUAUACCACAAAACAUGCUGUCACCGCCGGAUCGCACGUAUUGAAUCUUUGGGCCAUCGAGCCGGGUGUGGUAUUCCAGAAAAUUGUAGUUGAUUUAGGGGGUGUGAGGACGAGUUACUUAGGCCCGCCGGAGAGUAUGAGGGUUUAG